AUUUAUGGUAACCGUCAGCCUUCAGAGAAAGAAAGCAGUUCAUUAAUUUACUUCGCUCUUGCUUCAAAGUAUGAUAAUGUACGGUACCCCCUGAUCAAUAGAUAUGAUGUACAGUCGAUAUCCCCUCGGAACCGCUCGAGGGGAUGGGAAAACUGCCCCCGAGAUGCGUACGCACCGCGGGGUUCGCUGCUGGAAUACCCGGGCCGGGACCAGCCUCGGCUGCGGGGAGGCGCCGGGAGCCCGGCCCGGAGCUGGGGACGGGGGGAACGGGAGAGUGAGGACGGGGCGAGGGGACCGGCGGAACAAUGCUCCCGCUCUCCGCCACCGCUGCGAAAAGAUCCAAGCAACCCCGCGCACACCUCGAAGGGCUGGGAAGGGGCGGCGGGGACCAACCAGCCCGAGCGAGGACGGUGCAGGGCCGCCCUUCCCGGGGCUGCGGGGCGAGGGGCGGUGUCCACUCCGUCGGGGCCCCACGUGGGGCGAACCGCUCCGGCCGCGAGACCGGACCGAGCCGGGCCGAACCGAACCGAGCCGUGACGCGCCGAGCCGAACCGGACAGAGCCGAGCCGAGCCGAGCCGGGCCGUGCUCGACGGCGCUGAUGACCUCACGCAGUCACGUCGGCGAGCGGCGCGGCGGGGCCGGGGAUUGGCUGGCGGCGGCUCAGCGGCACUUCAAAGCCGGCGAGGGAGCUACAAUUGUGGUGGAAUGGGCGGAACUGAGCAUUGUAUUGCACACCUCUAAAAAAACACUGCCUCUGAUUUAUCAAUAUAAAAAAGAUCCUCUGAGAGGAGGGCACUUUUGUGUGAUGGCAACUUCACUUCUAGGGCUCCCGGGGCAGAAGGACCCGCAGCGGAUCCGCGGGACCCGGGGCCGGGCCGGGGCGGCGGGCGGGCGGAUGGCGGUGGCGGUGCAGCUCGGUGCCUGA